GCCCGGAAGCGCUUGAGAACCGGAGCGAGUUAGGAGCGGAGAAAGAGCGCGCUGCUGUAGGAAACCAGAAUGUCCACCAAUCGCGAGGCUCCUUCCAGAUUCCGACCAAUUGCUUGAGAGAGGUCUUACGGUGGUUACCAGUCUGGAAACGACGCCAUGUGCACACGUGACUGGCGCGCGCUCACUGAAGUGCAACCCCAGGAGGUGUUAAAGUACGUGGGGCGUCUUGCCCAGGGAUAGGUUCUCACACUACAGACUUACUACAGUCCCGCUACUGUAUAGUAGAGACCUGGUACCUGGGAGAGACACUGCCGUAGAGACCGACUUAAGCUCAGAUUCGGCUUCCAGCACUCCGUCGCGGUGAGGCAACCCCAUCCCCACCCCACUUUCGAACCUGUUUUCUACAAAACUAAGGGAUGCAAAGGAGCCUGUUUGUCCAAAUGUCUUCAGAGAGACUAUGGAUCAGUCCCGAGUUCUCCUCUGGGUGAAGGCAGAACCUUUUCUAGUGGGUGCCUUGCAGGAGCCACCUCCAUCCAAAUUCAGCCUUCACUACCUCAGGAAGAUAGCCUCCUAUGUUCGAACUCGGGCCACAGAAGGUGCCUACCCACGCCUGUACUGGUCUACCUGGAGGCAUAUUGCAUGUGGAAAGCUGCAGUUGGCUAAGGAUCUAGCGUGGCUUUACUUUGAAAUAUUUGAUAAUCUCUCUGUGAGAACACCUGAGGAACGGCUGGAAUGGUCUGAAAUUUUGUCCAACUGCGUGACUGAAGAUGAAGUUGAAAAACAAAGAAAUCAGCUUUCUGUGGACACGCUGCAGUUCCUGCUCUUCCUGUACAUCCAGCAGAUAAACAAGAUCUCGCUGCGGACAUCGUUGAUUGGGGAAGAAUGGCCCAGUCCCAGAAGCAGACCUCAGUCUCCUAGCCCCACCGAAAGGCCCAGUUGUCAUAAUAAGAAUUGGAACGACUACAGUCACCAGGCGUUUGUCUGUGAUCAUCUGUCAGAGCUCCUCCAGCUGCUCCUGGACCCCGAGCAGCUCACUGCUUCCUUUCACUCGACCCGCAGCAGCCUGCUCUCCCGAGACGCUGUCGCAGCGCUCAGCUUUCUCAUUGAGGGCACCGUGAGCAGAGCAGAGAAGGUCUACCCCCUUCAUGAACUUGCACUGUGGCAGCCCCUGCACGCAGCAAGUGGCUUCUCAAAGAUCUCUAAGACUUUCUCUAUCUACAAGCUGGAAGCAUGGUUGAGAGCCUGUUUGACCACAAAUCCUUUUGGCCCAUCUGCUUGCUUCAAGUCUGGAAAGAAAUUGGCUUGGGCUCGCCAAGUUGAAGGUUCGACCAGAAGAGCUAAGAUUGCGUGCAAUGCUCACACGGCUCCUCGGUUGCACCGCAUCGUGGUCAUGAGCCAAGUUUACAAGCAGACACUGGCCAAGAGCUCAGAAACCCUAGAAGGAGCACACGUCAGGGCUCAUCGCUGCAAUGAGUCUUUUAUAUAUCUGCUCUCCCCCUUACGAUCUAUGACAAUUGAAAAAUGCAGGAAUAGUACCUUUGUAUUGGGUCCUGUGGAGACAGCUCUUCACCUACAUGACUGUGAGAAUCUAAAAGUCGUUGCUGUUUGCCACCGAUUGUCCAUCUCUUCUACAACAGGCUGCACCUUUCAUAUUAUGACCCCAUCACGCCCACUUAUUCUCUCUGGAAACCAGACAGUAACUUUUGCCCCCUUUCAUACCCAUUACCCAUUGCUGGAGGACCACAUGGCCAGGACUGGCCUUGCUACAGUGCCUAACUAUUGGGAUAACCCAAUGGUGGUGUGCAGAGAAGGCACUGACACAAAAGUCUUCCGGCUCUUGCCUCCUUCUGAGUUCUACGUAUUUAUUAUUCCCUUUGAGAUGGAAGGGGACACAGCAGAGAUUCCUGGGGGUCUCCCCUCUGCCUACCAGAAAGCACUGGCUCAAAGAGAACAGAAGAUACAUAUCUGGCAGAAAACUGUGAAGGAGGCUCGUUUGACAAAGGAGCAGAGGAAGCAGUUCCAGGUCCUUGUGGAGGACAAGUUCUAUGAGUGGUUGGUUAGUACAGGACAUCGGCAAGAGCUGGACAGCCUCGUUCCACCUCCAACAGCCUCCAAGCAAGUGUCUGGAUAGGACCCCGCAUGGAGCCAUGGGGCUCUAGAAACAUGAGAAGGAGCGGAGGACGGAACCCCUGAAGCAUGUUGGGAAGCAUCCCUGCUGCCUGCGAGACCUCAAGACUUCUCUAUUCAGGACCUGUGCUGGUUCCUGUUCUGUACUCAUCUGGGUUGAAUUUUAGCCAAACUUCUGACUUUCAUAAAAACAUCUUACUGUAGAGGGUCAGGAGGUCGGUCACACGUGUGGUGCGAAAUGGAACACUGGGCAAGGUAGCUUUGUGUACACGCCAGUGUCUUAGGCUGACAAGCUGACUUCAUAUUUUUAAUUUGUAUGAUUAAAGGGUUUUGUCCAAAAAAGCUAGCCAGGUGUGGUGGCACAUGCUUGUAAUCCCAGAGUUCAGCAGGCAGAGGCAGGCAGAUCUCUGUGAGUUCCAGCCCAGCCUGGCCUACACGGCAAGGAUCCUGUGUCUCAAAACAAACAAACAAACAAACAAACACAUAUACACACAAAAGAAAGGAAGGAAAAAAAAUAACAGUUGUGUGGUUCUUUGUAACUCUGUUUAAAAAGAGUGAUUGAAUGAUCUAUUGGUGCAUAAAUAUGGCAGAGAUAGUUUUAUAAAAUGGUAUUUUAGGCCUUAAAGUAUAAAACAUGGAAAUUGUAUAAUUUUUUAUUUUUUAUUUUCUGUUUCAAAUUUCAAUAAACUUUAAAAACUAA